CCAAAGACUUUUCCUUUUCCCCCUUCUCUCUCCCAUGUCGAUCUCUCCAAUCUCAAUCCGCAACCCAAUCCCCUCCAAUUCAUGUGACCUUCGCCUCCAAAUCCGCCAAUCCAAGAGAGAUGAACAUUGACGCCAGAGUGAGCGUGGCGGUGGACGGAGCAGCACAGAGCGCUCUCAAUUCCGCCGCCGCCGUGCGCACCACCGUCGCAGACGCCGGAGCCUUGAGCUUAUCACAGAAACAUCCUCCGCAGACGCAGCAGCGUUUCGGCACCGUCGAGAAUCUCCUCGCCGGAGGAAUCGCCGGCGCCUUCAGCAAGACCUGCACAGCUCCUCUAGCUCGCCUCACCAUCUUGUUUCAGCUGCAAGGAAUGCAAACGGAAGCUGCUGUGUUGAGCAAGCCGAGCUUGUGGCGUGAAGCUUCGCGUAUCGUCAACGAGGAAGGAGUUAGGGCUUUUUGGAAAGGGAAUCUGGUUACUGUAGCGCACAGGCUUCCUUACUCGGCGUUGAACUUCUAUGCGUAUGAGAAAUAUAAUAAAUUUUUUUAUUCGAAUCCAGUCUUACAGAGUUAUUUAGGGAAUAGGAGUAGCAGCCCGUUUGUGCACUUUAUCAGUGGUGGAUUGGCUGGAAUUACAGCUGCUUCGGCUACGUAUCCUCUUGAUCUCGUUAGGACACGUCUUGCUGCACAGAGGAAUACAAUGUACUACCAGGGUAUUGUGCAUGCUUUCCGUACCAUAUGCAGAGAAGAGGGCUUUUGGGGUUUGUAUAAAGGACUUGGUGCGACUAUGUUGGGUGUUGGACCAACCCUUGCAAUCAACUUUGCUACGUAUGAGUCUUUGAAAUCAUUUUGGUUAUCUCAUAG